UUUAAUUGCAUAAAUUUAGUAUAAAAAUUUAUCCUCUUUGUGUUUUUAAUUUUAAUAAAAAAAAUAUGUUUACAUAACCUCUUUUCAGCUCGUGAGCAAUCAUCACUUUGACUACACGAUACACAUGGUAAACAUCUUUAUGAAAGAAAAAAAUAAUUAAAAAUCUUAAAAUGAAUAAAAACGAAGAAAAUUCUGAUAAUCCUGUAAUUGAAAACAAUGACAAUACAAUUGCACCAUGGAAAAGUCUCGGAAUAGAGGAGUCACUUUGUCAAGCAUGUGAAAAAUUAAAUUGGAAAACACCAACACCAAUCCAGAUUCAAGCAAUUCCUCAAGUUUUAGAGGGUCGAGAUGUAAUUGGUAUUGCUGAAACUGGAUCUGGUAAAACAGGUGCUUUUAUGAUACCAAUAAUUCAAGCACUCUUAAAAAAACCAGAACAUUUUUUUGCUUUAAUUUUAACACCAACCAGAGAACUUGCAUUUCAAAUACGUGGAGAAUUUGAAGCAUACACUUCUUUUCUUGAUCAUAAGAUAAAUAGUGUAACUCUUGUUGGAGGAUCUAGCCUUAUUGAAGAUUCUCUUAUUUUUGCAAGUAAACAAACAAAACCUCAUGUAAUAAUAGCAACACCAGGUCGUCUUGUUGAUCAUCUUGAAAAUACAAAUGGCUUUAAUCUUAAUACAUUAAAAUUUUUGGUAAUGGAUGAAGCUGAUAAAAUAUUAAAUAUGGAUUUUGAAAUUGAAGUUGAUAAAAUUAUUCAUGCUAUACCACGUGAACGUCGUAAUCUUUUAUUUUCUGCAACAAUGACUAAACAAGUACAAAAACUUCAACGUGCAGCAUUAAAAAAUCCAAUUAAAGUUGAAGUAUCAACGACAUAUAAAACAGUUGAUAAUCUUGAUCAAUCAUAUUUAUUGAUUCCAUCAGUUUUAAAAGAAGUUUAUCUUGUUCAUAUUCUCAAUGAAUUAGCUGACAAUAGUUUUAUAGUUUUUUGUGCAACAUGUACUAGUACUAUUCAAUUAACAACAAUAUUAAAAAAUUUAGGAAUAAAAGCUAUACCACUUAAUGGAAAAAUGUCACAAGAUAAAAGAUCAGCUGCAUUAGAUAAAUACAAAUCUAAAAAACGUUUAAUAUUAAUAGCAACUGAUGUUGCUAGUUUAGGAUUAGACAUACCACAUGUUGGUGUUGUUAUUAAUUAUGAUAUACCAACAAAUAGCAAAUCUUACGUUCACAGAGUUGGUAGAACAGCACGUGCUGGUAGAUCUGGACGUGCAAUAACAUUUGUAACUCAAUUUGACGUUGAGCUAUAUCGAAAAAUAGAAGAUGCAAUCUGUAAAAAACUUCCUCAAUAUGAAACUGAAGAAAAAGAAGUCAUGAAACUUCAAGAACGAGUAGGUGAAGCACGACGAUCUGCUAAUAUGGAAUUGAAUAAAUUCAAAAACAAAUAUGGCAAGAGAAAAAAAUCAAAAAAUGAUGAUGAUGAUGAUGAUGAUGAUGACACUGAACAAUCAUCUGGUAUUAGAAAACGUAUUGGAAAAAAAUUUAAUCAUGAUAGUAAAAAACCA